AAUUGCAGCCACGAUUUUCUCUAUCAUGUUUUUGUGGCUGUAUUUAUUCAUUGUUUUACCACCGAAAAAUCGUGGCUACACUUAUUUCGGAAGCACUAUCAGCAUUUGUGGCUGGAAAAUUGAUCUCUGACAAUAUCCUCGUAGCUCAUGAGAUGUUUCAUGGAUUGAGGACUAACAAGUCAUGCCAGGACAAAUUUAUGGCCAUCAAAACAGAUAUGAGUAAAACUUAUGAUAGAGUUGAAUGAAUUUUUAUUCAAGAGCUACUUUCCAAGAUGGGAUUCGAUCAUCAUUGGACACAACUAAUGAUGGAAUGUAUUUCAUCGGGUAAGUAUAGAGUUUUAUUGAAUGGUCAACCAAAAGGAAACAUAACUCCACAAAGUUGCUUACGACAGGGGGAUUUAUUAUGUGUACGAACGCAUUGGUAGCAAAUAUUAAAAAAGAAGAGAGAGAGAAACAACUGACCGGCAUAAACUUUGCAGUCCUAAGGACGAUGGAGGCUUAGGGUUUAAGAAUCUCACAAAAUUUAAUACAGCUAUGCUGCGGAAGCAAUUUUGGACGUUGAUAGAGAAAACAACACAUUAUUCUCUCGUGUUUUCAAAGAACGGUAUUUCAGGAAUGCAUCACCCCUGGAACCAAUUAGAUUGUACUCGUCGUCCUAUAUCUGGCAUAGUAUGGUCUCUACUAGAUCUCUGGUUAGUAAAUGACUAAUCAAAAGGGUCGGAUCAGGAUCAUCUAUCUCAGUAUGAAAUGAUCCUUGGCUCCAAUCCACUCGCCCGAGACUAGCAAAUAAAAAUUAACACAAUCUUUACCCGGAUCUUACGGUGAAUUCCCUCAUCAAUGUGACAUCGAGAACUUGGAAUUUACAGGUAAUUCAGAAUCUGGUCGAUCUAUAAGAUACACAAAUAAUUGAAAGUAUACCAUUGAGUCGAAUUCAGACAGCGGAUCGUGAUGGAUGUCAUUUUACUAAUAAUGGGAGAUGCACAGUUAAAUGUGGAUAUCAGUUAGAACGAGUGUACCCAGAUAGAGAAAGAAGGCUACCAGAGUAUUGUCCUUCGGUCUCACCAUUGAAGGCAAUCUGCUGGAAAGUACGCUGUCCACCUAAGAUGAAAGAUUUUUUAUGGCAAUUGGUAUCAGGAUGUAUAGCAGUUAAGAAAAAUCUGAGAGCAAGAGGAAUACAAGGGGAUAUAAUUUGUGUAUGAUGUGGAGCAUCUGAGGAAUCUACAAAUUGUGUGUGUUUUUGAAUGUCCACCGGCGGUUUAGGUUUGGGAACUUUCACGAACUCCAUCGAAGCCAAAUAUCUUUCCCACUCAUUCACUCUUUGCAAACAUAGAUCAUUUAUUUUGGAGGGUUUCUCCGGAAUUGAAAAAUCAUCAAUUUGGAUGGAUCUUAUGGUACAUACGGAAAGGAAGAAAUAAAAAAGUAUUUAGUAAUUUUGAUAUUGAUCCUAGAGAUACUCUUAAAUUGGCAGAAACAAAGUCUUUACUUUGGGCCGAUGCAUAAUUUUCACUUACACAGGGAAUUGAUCAAAUUUGAUUACGAGUAGAAGCAAUAGUACCGACUAUUCCAGGAAGAUGGUGCUUUACGGAUGGAUCAUGGAAAAAUCAGAAAAUCUAUUCGGGUCAAGGGUGGUAUAGCACACUAGAAGGUUUUGUUGGUUUAAUGGGAGAGAGGAAUAUAAGAGGGAGUUAGUCGCCACUUCACUCAGAGAUAGAGGUUUUUAUUUGGGAAAUGGAAUGCAUGAAGAAUUUAAAGCAGUUUACUGUUACAUUUGCAACAUAUUGCUCUCAGUUGGUGAAGAUGGUUUCGGAACCAGAAGAAUGACCAGCCUUUACAAGUUAUUUGGAAGACAUAAAGUUCUUGAAGAGAAGUUUCAAUAGCUCGGAGCUCAUUCAUAUUCCACGGACACAAAAUUCAAAGGCGGAUAGUCUCGCACGCAGUGCAAAAAAGCAACCGUUGUUUAUUGUCCAUAUGGAUGUGGAGUUACCACUUUGGUUGGUUUGCAGAGUCUACAUAAAUCUGUUUAAAUUGCUGGAAAAAAAAAUGUAGCUACACUUAGCUACGGUUUUGCCACUAAAUAAUUGUGGUUGAACUUAGCCAAUUUUAUUUUUAUAUUGCCUAUCUACAUAUACUGUUUCAGUCAUUUUUUUGUUUGUUUUCAUUACCCAAUGGAAUAUCAAAAUCAGUUACUAUUGUAUUAAAUAUGUAAAUAAACCAAUACACAUAACUAAGAAAAUAUAGAAUUAUAUUCAACAUAAUUAUACAUUAUAGCAGUCUAAAAAUAACUCACCAAAAGAAUUCUUUUACAAGGAAUUAAGAAAACUAAGAGUUCAAAAGAAUUCAAAACCAUCUAAAAUGUCACUAAAGGAAUAUAUCUAUUACAAUCCCACAAACUAGCACCAAGCAUCAAGCUGCGACUUCUCUUUCUGCAUGUGGUUCAAUGGAUGAACAAAUAUGAGAAACGUUAGUGGAUGAAUGAAAUGUAAGUGAAAAAGUUUAAUUCCACUCUGCACAAUAAUUUAGUUUAUUUAUGUUUGUUAAAUAGUGAUUGUUAAAAAUUAUGUUACAUGGACAAUGUAGCUCAAUCGUUUAGACUGGUAAGUGAAAUGGCAAAAUAGAGUAACUUAAAUAGAGUGAACUGGAGUAAAUAUUUUUUUUAUCAUAUGAUUUUUUUUCCUUUUCAACAGAAAACUUUUCACUCCGUAAAAAUGACGAAAACUUUUACUCUAGAAUUGUGGGCACGAGAAAUUUUGUUUUUAAACUUUUAUAUUCUACCACUUUCCUUUGAUAGUUUACCAGUCACAGGCAAUAUUUUUUAUCACACAAGAAUAUAUAUAAUAUUUUUAUUAUUUGUUUUCUUUCUACAGACAAAUAUCUUUUUCUAAAUAUUAUAUAUAAAUUAAUGACACAUAUAAAUAUUGAAAAAGUAUUUUAAAAUAAAAUAUUAAAUUAUAUUGAUAAGUCAUUAGUAAAAAUGUUCUGCUAUAUCCACAGCAAUUUUGUGUCUAUAUAACUAAAACCAUGAUUAUAUGAAAAUAGGAUUUGUUGUCAAAAAAACCUUCUGGCUAUAAAAAUCAUAGUUAAUCGUGGCUAAUUAAUCACAGUUCUGGGCUGGAUAUCAAUUUAAACAGCAAUGUGAGCACCAAUACUUAUAAUCAUCUUAUCCUUUGGUGACUUUUGAUUGAAAAAAAAAACAUCUGGAGUUUACCACAGGUGAAAAUCUCCAACAGAGGGGAGUCUUAUCUAAUACCAACUGGUCCUACUGCAACCAACAAGAGACCACUCUCCACAUCCUGUUCCAGUGUCGUUAUGCUCAAGAAGUUUGGAAACUUGGACCAUGGAAUGAUCAACUUUACCCUAAUCUGUUUGAUUCUUUUAAACUCUUCUUGUCAGUUUCCAAUCAAAAAAGAAUCUCACACCCUAUGGGGUCUCAGACAAUCUUCUUCCUUAGCUAAGUUGGUCGAUUUUGUGUGCCCGUAAUCAGCGCCUCUUACAGAAUAGAUCUCUAUCGCCACAAGAGACUUUCAACAAAGAUAUAUUCCUGGCCAGGGAGUGGCAAAAAGCCCAACGUCCAACCGCAGGAAGACCAUCUAGGCUCGCAAUUCCUCCGCUCCUACCUGAAGAGACGAUCUCCAUCCGCUGUAAUACGGACGCAGCCAGGAGAUCAGACUCUUCUACAUCAGGAAUUAAUUGGAUCUUCACCUCCCCAUCAGCCUCUGAAAUUAAUAGAGGAGCCAUGAUCCAACUGCAUGUCUCCUCCCCUCUACUUGCGGAAUCUCUAGCUGUAAGGGAAGAUCUCCUACAGGCGAUCUCUCUCAACAUCACUCACAUCUGGGUACACUCAGACUCUCAAGUGCUCAUCAGAGCAAUCUACUGGAAGCGAGGACCAUCAGAGCUUCACGGAGCUCUCUCGAACAUCGUCGGUCUCUCUUCCUCCUUUGCUUUUUGCUUCAUUUCUUUUGUUCCUGGAAUUUCUAAUGGGCCAGUUGGUGCUCUGGCUAAGACCUGUCUGAACAACUUUGCUCUUAUUGGGUUUUAAGCCCAUUUCCAAUGGAAUUUUUAUGUGAUAAAAAAACAAACUAGACACAGUUUUGCCACAACCAUUUCAUAAUAACUAGAGUUUUGUCACGGGAUAAUUGUGGCUAUAUAUAGCCACAAUUUUCUUUAUAUUGUUUUCGUCAUAAUUUUUAUAUAAAAGUAAAAUCCGACACAGCAAUUCUUAAGUUCACGAUAAACACAUCAUUUUUCAUACAUACAUCAUAAGAAACAAAAGCUAGGUGCAAUCUUUUAUGUAUGUUAGAUACUCUCUAAAUAUAAAUAAAUAAAUAAAUUAAAUUAAUAAAUUUUGUCAAUUUUGAAUUGAAACAGUGUAAACAUAACACAAUUCGAUAAGAUAAUAAAUAAAAUUAUAUAUUAAUAACUAAUGUAUAUAAAGUUUUUAUAUAUAUAAAACGUAUAAUAUAUAGUUUGUUUUUUAUUCACAUUGAAGUCUAUCUUUAAUUUUUUCUAAACUUUCUAGAUAAAUUAGUGUUGUUUUGUCAUUUUAAACCUAAAAAUUCUUUUGCAUGUAUGAAAUAUAUUUUCUAUACACCAAAUAAUCGAAUAAGUAUAACAUACAUUUUCUAUAAGUAAACUCUAAUCAAUAUAUAUAUAUCAGAAGAUCAAGUGUUUUUUUUAUUUUUACAUCUAUAAAACAAACUUCAAAAUAUAUAAAUUAAUCUAAAAUUGAAAUUUUAUGCAAAUUAAUAACUUUAUAAAUUAAUAAUUAUCAAAAGUCCUAACAAUAUUACUUUAUAGAAUUUAAUGCAUAUGAUAUUUCAAGAAUUAAUAAAGUAUGCCAUGGCUAAACAUUACAUUAAUGAAAAUAUAGAUAAACAACAGGUUUUUUUUUUUUUAAUCUGCACAUAAUAUUUUGCUUGAUACAGACCGACCAUCCCAGGAUAUUUAUUUUUCUCCCUUAAUCCUUUUGAGUUUUUUUUUUCUAGUUAAAACCUAAAGUUUGAGUAAUUAUACCUAUGUUCUAAUAUUUGCACAUGUGUGUGUGAAUGUUACAGUUCUAAUUGAAAUCAUACAAUAACUAAAAUAGAGAUAAGCUGAUCAGAGAGUCCCUCCACGUCGACAUAUAAAAUCAGCCAAUGGGGUAGGUUUAUUUGUCGACGUCACACAAACUAGACCUGAUCUUGGGCUUUUAUUUUUUAUUGAUCCGUAAAGCCCAUCCUCAUGUGUAGCCCAAUAUCAGCGUCUUCUCAACGCUUCGCUUGCCAACCCUAAAAUGGUGCGACGAUUAUUCUCUUCGACGACUCCCCUCUUCGCCGUUUCUCCUUUCUCCGCAGAUCGAUCAAUCGGCACCAUAUUCAUAAGUGUGGAAUGAAUCGUCUGGAGAACUCAUUAAUGUGUUCUUUCGCCUAUCCCCCUUCCAAUUUCUAUAUAACCUUCGUAUUUUCUCCAGAUUAGUUACACACACAAAUAUCUCGAAACAUGAAUUCCAACAGUCAAACACCUGUUACCGGCGAUGUUCCCGCGACGAAACCAUACGGAAAAGACAUUGUAUCCUCCGCCGAGCCGAUCAAACGAGUCGAUCAAACUGGAGUCUCUCUCGAUUCAGCUGCCUUCGGCGAUUCGAAGUAUAAGAAGCAAGACGGCAACGCCGUUGUCUCCUCCGCUUUUCCGGCCAAAUAUGCCGGCAAACCCGAAGAUUCUCUCGCUACAGCUAUCUCCGGCGAUUCGAAGUCCAAGAAAUCAAACGGCAAGGCAGUUGUCUCCUCCACCGAUCCGGUCAAACGACCCCGUCAAUACGGAGUCUCUCUCGCUAACGCUGUCUCCGGCGAUCCAGCUUCCAGGAAACUAAACGGCAAAGCUGUCGUCUCCGCCUCUGAUGAAGUACUAUUCUUCAAAGAUCUCAAGUUCGGACCACAAGAAGGCGAGCUAAGAUUUCGUCUGAUACAUUUUUGGGAGGCUCGGAACGCACUCACGAAGGUCCUUUUUGGUCUUGAAUUGCUUCUGAUAGACGGACAGGGCACUGUGAUCCAAGGGUUCAUCCCACAAAACAGGAUCGAGACCUAUUUGCCACAUAUGUUCGCUGGUUCCGUCUACAGGCUUAAUAACUUUUAUGGCUCCAAAAGCAAGAAUGUGUACCGAGUUGCUGAGCCAGACGUGAUCAUUUCUUUCACAUGGAAUUCUGUGCUCUCCGUUCUCUUGAACAGUCCGGUCCCGUUUCCUGAAGAUCGGUUCCGAUUCUAUGGUUACGAAGAGUUCGAGGCGGCCUGUGAUCUCAAGGGAGAUCUUUAUGACUAUGUCGGUCACUUGAAACUGGUGAAUGAGCAGGCCUUGAGUGACAGUCUUGUGCUUGAUGAAGUCGAGAUCGCUUCUUCAAGAAGAAUUUUGGUCCAUGUCCAGACACAUGAUGGUCCUGUCAUGAAGCUGUACUUAUGGGACAAGGCCGCUGCGGCCUUCUAUGAGAAGUUUAAAGCGCUUGGAAAACCUCCAUCUGUUAUUCUGGUGACAACUGUGAAUCCAAAACAUUUUGGAGGUGCCUUAACUCUGUCAUCUUUUUCAUCUUCGCGUGUAUUUUUUUGAUAUGGAUGUUCAAGCAACCAGAGAAUAUCUGGCUUGGUAUGUGUUCAUUUGUUGAUUUGGACCGUCUAUUUUAAACCACCAAGCAUUUUACUUUUUAAAAAUUUUUGUUUCCGAUUAUUUUCUCAGGUUUGAAUCGAACACAGAAGUUGCCAACAGGGUGAAUGCUGAGAUUGUCACCAAAGCUGAGA